UGCCCGCAGAAGAAGAAGAUGAAGUGGCCGCCAGCUGCCGUAAAUGCAGCAAAAGAAGAAGAAGCAGCUUUGUAAGAAGGUGGCGAAGUAGCCACGAGCUGUCUGUAGCCUUGAAAGACAGCAAACGGAGAUAAAGUUCACGUCGGAGACGCUUCAGUGUUGAAGGAAGAGGACACAGAAUCCCAGGUCAUCAGGGUCCAAAUUAAGGACCGUGGACGACAAUUUAAAGACGCGUAUUCGUGAACAAAACAACGUUUUUCAAGCAUUUGAGACACACGAAGAAAGAAACUGGUAAACCUUUGGAGCGAGUCAUGUCUCACCGAAGAAGUCGCAGCUCAUCACCAGGGCGUUAUUCACGCUCCUGCAGCAGCAGCGACCCGAGAGAUUUGGAGAGAAGGAUAUUUGUUGGGAAUUUGCCGACCUCCGACAUGGAAAAGAAGGAUUUGGAAGAAAUAUUCAGCCCAUACGGGAAGAUAGUCGGCGUUUCCAUGUUUCGUGGGUUUGGAUUUGUACAAUUUGAACGCAUUGAGGAAGCCGAAGCUGCAAAGGCGGCCCAAAAGGGUCGAAUAUAUAAAGGUUAUAAAAUAGAUGUAAAUAUGGCAGUGGAGCGACGGCAAGCUAAACCGCAAUCCCAGCAGAGCCCUCCACGAAGGGCCCCGUACAGCAGUUACGGGGACAGCAAAGAGCCCCGACCUCGGUCACGGUCACCUGUUUAUGGGCGUGAUAGCCGUGAGCCCCGGGACAGCCGUGAUGGACGCGAUGGUCGUGAUGGUCGUGAUCCUCGUGAUGGUCGUGAUCCUCGGGACAGCCGCGAUGGCCGAGACCCGGGCCGAGACCCUGGGAGAGACCUGGGCAGAGACCCUGGGAGAGACCUGGGUAGAGACCCAGGCAGAGAGUCGAGGCCAGGUGGCCACACUCGAGACCCUGAUUACCGGUACCGCAGCUCAGAAAGUAGAGACAAGGACCUCAGAAGCGACCCACGGGAUCCAGCAUACAGAGACGACUAUGACCGAUACUACCGCAGUGGCAGUGGUGCUGACGACUAUUACCGGAGGAAGGAUGCACCCUACAGGGACCCUUACAGAGACCCCUGGAAUGGACGUCGUGAGCCAGAAGCUGUUGAUGAACGUGCUCGACCAGAAGAGCGUCGGCGUAACGAACUGUAUCGACAGUACUAUGAAGAACUCCAGCGGCGCUAUGACACUGACCGUCCUGUUGACUGCUCCGUGAUCGUCGUCAACAAGGCACAAAAUAGGGAGUAUGCUGAGACGGUCGGGCGGAAAGUCCGUGAUCUAGGCAUGGUGGUGGACCUGAUCUUCCUCAACACAGAGGUCUCACUAACCCAGGCGCUGGAGGAUGUAGGCCGAGCCCGUACUCCUUUCGCCAUCAUCAUUACCCAGCAGCACCAGGUUCACCGGUCCUGCACUGUCAACAUCUUGUUCGGCACACCGCAAGAACAUCGAAACAUGCCAAUGCAGGAUGCCAUGAUGCUGGUUGCCCACAACUAUGAUGCCUACAAAGUCGAAAACCGUGAAAAGGAACGUGAGGAGAUUGCCAGAAAGGCAGCCAAGAUGGCGGACGAUGUGUUACUCAGGGAGCCUGACAGAGAGAGCCACCCCAUUUCUGUGCUCACAGCCAUUACACUGCUGUCAGAAAACAGGUUUGUAACUCCAGAGGAACUGGAUGGUCUCACUGCGUACCUGAAGGAUAAAAGAGCCAGGCUGCUACAAAGUGCCGCAGAUCCGCUCACAGCUCCAGUCCACGUUCCAGCUGCUGCAGCAGUUCACCACGACAUUCCGCCCUCAGCUGCCGGACUGCCUCCUCAAUCACAUUCUGCUCAUACGGCGCCGCAGUCCAGCCACCUCAGCCUAACGGCUGGUUCAAGCACCACAGCCAACCCCAACCAUCAGCAGGAGCUGCAGGCUAAAAUCCUCAGCCUGUUCAACAGCGGCAGCGGGGGAUCGGUGGGCGCUGGUGGACCUGCUACCUCUCAGCAGUCUACCUACGGCUCCCUUGGCCCAGUCACUUCCCAGAACCCACCCCGCCAAGCAAUGCCAGGCCUGCCUCCAUCUGGAUCCCAGGGUUAUGGCACCCCACCAGGCCGCAUGCCAGUUGCAGCAGGUGCUCCGAGACCCCCCAGCUCUGCUGGUAUCAACUUUGACAACCCGAGUGUGCAGAAAGCUCUGGACACCCUGAUUCAGAGUGGGCCGUCCCUCAACCACCUGACAGGCGCUGGUGCCCCUCAGCAGCAACCCCCCAGGCAGGCCCCUGGGAUGGGCCCUGCCCAACCUAUGUCCAUGUACCCCCGACAUUACUGACGGCUUGUAGUGAAUUAAUCAGUUCUCCUAAUGUGAGAUCCACUUUUCCCCCUGCAUCAAUUGGCACCACAUCAGUUGUGUUUUUAAAAUUUUCCAGCCUUGUAUAGGUAGACUGUAGGGAAGUUUUGUAAAAGCUUUUUAAGUUUUUAUCGUGUUCUUGGUAUUGUGUUCACUUCAUUCAUUUUGACAACUAAUCCAGACUCCCUAAAGGUCUGCAAUGGUUAUAAAGCCAGAAGAUAAUUAUUCAGUCUUCUUAAAUAGGACACUGUGCGGCAUGAAGUGUGUAAAGUAUAUUUUGUUUUUUGUGGAUUCCUUCUUUUUCCAAACAUGAUCGGUUUUGUUUUAUAGUUUUUUAAUUUGUAACAUUGUUAAAGCAAGACAUGAUUAAAAACUCAAGACACAAUUGCUGUAAUAAAAUGGUAUUGGUUUAUUGCA